AUGCCAUACAUUUUGAUUCGAGGCAAUCUUGCUUCGUAUGGGCAUAAAAACCCUUGGCGAGUCUUGGUAUCCGGCUUGAAAGCUGGUGACAUUGAGCAACUGAAAAGAUUUGCAUGUGGUGGAUAUUGUGAUGAUUCUACCAUAGUCUACCUUCAGCAUCCCUGUGUAAUCUUAAGUGCUCUUGAGGUAUUAGGUUACAAAGUUGUAGCAUCAAGUUCAACUGCUGUAAAACAAGAUUACAAUGAGUACAUGUGGACUAUGAGAAAAGAAUUUUCUGAGCCAGAACCCUCAAUAAUUGUUGAACAAGACAACAUAACCAACUUUAGUAAAGAAGCUUUGCAUUACCAACAUUCUAAUAAGGACGACGAGGUUUAG